GGUGUUUUAUCGCUGUCGCUGUUGCGGACUUGACGCUAGUCUGUCCAGCUGAGCUGUUUAUCCUUCAGGAAAGUGAGUCUGGUUAAAAAACUAAACUCCAACAUGUCGCCACCGUCUCGACGGCUUCAGACGAAGCCAGUGAUUACCUGCCUGAAGACUUUCCUCAUCUCCUACAGCCUAAUUUUCUGGGUCACAGGCAUGAUCCUGCUGGCCGUUGGCGUGUGGGGGAAGGUAAGCUUGGAGGCCUAUUUCUCCCUGGCUGCUGAGGAGCGCACCAACGCGCCAUAUGUCCUCAUCGGGACCGGAGCCAUCAUCGUUAUAUUCGGACUGUUCGGCUGCUUCGCCACAUGCCGCGGCAGCCCAUGGAUGCUCAAACUGUAUGCCAUGUUUUUGACCUUGGUCUUCCUGGCUGAGCUCGUGGCUGGAGUUUCAGGCUUCAUCUUCAGGCAUGAGAUCAAAACCACACUGGACAACGUCUAUAAAAAUGCAGUGAACAAGUACAACAUCACGGCCAGCGAGAAUCCAGUGGACACCAUCCAGAGGAAUUUGCACUGCUGCGGGGUGUAUAAUUACACAGACUGGAAAAAUACAAGGUACUUCGAAGAGAAAGGCAUCCCUUUCAGCUGCUGUAAAGACAGCGAUAAGUGCUCACCAGAAACACUGAAGGAUCUUGCCAAGGCUGAGAAUGUGGUGUACACAACGGGCUGCUUUGCGCUGGUGAGCACCACGAUGGAAAACAACCUGGGAAUAAUUGCUGGGAUUUCUUUUGGAAUUGCGUUCUUUCAGCUCAUUGGGAUAUUCCUGGCCUGCUGCUUGUCUCGAUACAUCACCAACAACCAGUAUGAGAUGGUCUAACAGUCACCCUUCCAAAGGUCACUGAUGAGCCGGUCCUGGUGCGAACUGAGUUGGGAUUUUAAUAUUUUGUGUUUAUUAUCAUGUAAUUUUAGAGAUGGAAGACACUCACCGCUUUUUCUUUUAUUCAAUCUCACCAAUGCACAAGGGAAUCAUGUCUGAGGAGCAUCAAAAAGGGAGAAUACUCGAAACUUGGUGUGACCAAAAUAAAACAUUUCACAGGUGAUUUGUUAUUCUGGGAGUAAAUUAGGGAAAUUACAUUAAGUGUUUUUGUUGUGUAUUAGUGUCACUUUUUUAUUUGAGUUAAUUAAUUUGACAGCAACAUUUUCAUUUCUUGUUUUCGCAGUUGCCUUGUUUUAUGAUUUCGCUAGUAGUCUGUAGCUGAGCAGAUGAAAUGUAGACAAUAAUAAGCUGUUAAUGUUAAAUGUCUGUGUAUCUUUAUGUGUGAAACCUAUAAAAGCCCUAGAAAUGGACAGGUCAACUUCCUGAAAUCAAGUACAAAGGAUUUAUAGGAGCUGUGUGGGAAAGCGAGCCCUACCAAUUAUGUGUGCCAACUACACCCGACUUCUUACCACAGUUUUCAGUGUUAGUGUUAUUCUUGUGUGGAUGCAUGUGAAAUACUUGAAAAUAAAAGAUGAAAUCCAGUGUC